CUGCAGGACUGUCAACUUCUGUUCCUGAGUCCAUUGCUUUUAACCUAUGUAGUGAACACCUGUGAUGUCAGACUGUGAUUUCCUCUGCACAUUCCAUCAAAGUAUCAGCAAGUCGGAGCUGCUCUGUGAAGGAUGUGGGGGAUCAGAGGAUGAAGGCAAGAGGCUGCAGAGGAGGGAGAAGAACAGAGUUGCAGCUCAGAAGAGUCGAAAGAGACAAACUCAGAGAGCCGACCUGCUGCAUCAGACGUGUGAGCUGCUGGAGCAGAGGAACAGGAAGCUGAGGAGUGAGGUACCGUACAGUCUGCUCCUUAAACCUCAGCACAGGUUACAUAAAUAUCUGUCAGACAUCACAAGUAAAGCUGAGUGUAUCCUCAUCACGCUUAGUCUGUGUUUGUGGACCAGGUGGACUCUCUGUCAGAGGAGCAGCGUCUGCUCACAGAAGCGCUCAGAGCCCACGAGCCCUUUUGUCCCAUCAUGCACUGCUCGUUCGCCUCCUCCACCUCCUGCAGGCUGCAGCAGGAGGACACGCUCUCCCGUUCCGUCCGAGGCAGGGAGCCGCUGUGACUGGGUGCGUUGGGCUCCACCGGCCGCUAGAGGGCGCUGUUGACCGUGGAUGACGACGUGACGCAACAGGAGCGCGCGUCUCCUGAAGAGCGCCCCCCGGUGGCUCAGCAGUGUAGUACCAGCUCCUUGUGUAAAUAUUUUAAUACUCGUGUCACAUUUCUACAAACAUCCCCAGAAAUGUAAUAAAAUGAAAGCUUUGCCAUAUGUGCAGUUGAG